CUUUCCAAAUUUGGGUAUUUCGAGACCCACGGCGGACGGCGGCGGAACUGACAGAUAUAUGGCCGGUAGUUCCGUUGUGUUGACUGAACUCCACUGGAACUCAACCAGCUGGGCUAAGGUAGUCGGUGAAAUAGCAAGUCUGGAGAAGAAAACUUUUCCCGAACACCAAUCAUACCCUCGAUCGUUCGAUGAUGAACUCAAGAACAAAAACAACGGUUUAAUCUACUUGGAAAUUAAUGGUGACCUUGUUGGCUAUGUCAUGUAUUCAUCAUGUUCUUCAUUUUCUGCCAUCAUCACUGCAAUCGCAGUGAAGGAGAAUUACAGAAGACAAGGGCAUGGAGAUGCACUAUUAAUGGCAGCAAUAAAGAAAUGCAGGAAGAGAAUUUGCAUUGGCCAAGGCUUGGAUCGGCGAUUCAGAAGACCCGAAAUAUGA